UAUACUGUUAUCUAUACCAUUAUGCAAUAGAAAUGUCAAUGGAGUUCUUUUACUGAUAAAUAUUUUGAGCUGUGUGGUUGGUCAUAUCAGCACCAUCAACUGCGAAAUUUUUUUUUUAGAUCUAGAAAAUUACCAUACUAAAAUAAAAUCAUGAGGAUUGUUUCAAUACGAAGUUACCUGGUUUUUGUGUGUUUUGCAAUCAUAUCACUCUGGCUGCUUUUUUAUUUUGUUGGAGUGGGACGAGUACAAAAUUUAUCUCGGGCUGGUCUGUCCGAUGUAGAAGAAAAGCUGAAAGUAAAAGAAAAGAUUACGAAGACUUCUUUCUCUUGGCAGCUUACCAAUUUGGUCCAUGAUAAUCAAGUAUUAUUGGAAAAAUUGAAAGUUGGUAUUUUGCAGCACAAAAACAUCUUACUUGACAAGAUGAGAUCAGAAGUAUCGGCACAGAAUGCAUUAGAAGCGAAACAAAUUAGUCAUCAAGAAAUCUUAGCACCUCACCCCACGCUAAUCAAAACAACUUCCACUCUGAAAACGGAACCCCCUGAUAUUCAAGAAAAUGUAGCGGAGAAAAUUCAGAACGUCAAAGAUGAUAAUGAUGAGUUUAUGAUUCCAAUUAUGAUUACUGCAUGCAAUCGUCCUUCAGUCUCUCGUUGCCUGGACAAACUAUUUUCUGUUCGGGGAUCUCAAGUCGAUAACUUUCCUAUUAUUGUCAGUCAAGAUUGUGGUGAUAAAGCAACAGCAGAUGUCUUGAAUGGGUAUGGAGACAAGAUAACAUUUGUAAAACAUGAUCCUGAACCUGUGCCUCAGGGAGUAAAAAGCAAUCUGGUUGGAUAUUAUAAAAUUGCUUCACAUUACAAAUUUGCUAUAAACCAGGCUUUCCACCAUUUUCCAUCUGCUGAUUCAAUUAUAAUAUUAGAAGAUGACAUCGAAAUUGCUCCAGAUUUUUUGUCUUAUUUCAAAGAAAUGCAUGAACUUAUGAAAAAGGAUCAAACAUUAUGGUGCGCAUCUGCAUGGAAUGAUAAUGGUAAAACGUCACAAGUUGAUGCAACAGAAAAAGGAGCCGAACUAUUAUAUAGAACAGAUUUUUUCCCUGGACUGGGUUGGCUUUUAAAGAGAAGUCUAUGGGAAGAAGAAUUGGUUUCCAAAUGGCCACAGGCAUUUUGGGAUGACUGGAUGAGAGAGCCUGAACAAAGGAAAGGAAGAUCGUGCAUAAGGCCUGAGGUAUCAAGAACUUCAACAUUUGGAAGAAAAGGGGUCAGUGCUGGGCAGUUCUUUGAUACUCACCUGAAGUAUAUCAAGUUAAAUGAAUUUCCAGUUGACUGGUCGACAAAAGAUCUCUCGUACCUCGUUAAAGAUAAUUAUGAUAAAUCUUUCAAAGAUAAAGUAUACAACCUUCCACUGUUUCGAAUCAGCGAUCUUAAAGAAAAUAAAGAUCCAGACACUCGUGAAGUUCGAAUUGAAUACACAAUGUCACAUACUUUUAAAGCUUUUGCUAAGGAGCUUGGACUUAUGUCCGAUUUUAAAAAAGGGGUGCCAAGGACAGCAUAUAUGGGUAUUGUAACCACUAUUUUUAGAGGUAGAAGAGUUUAUCUUGCUCCUCCUGUAGAUUGGACUGGUUAUGUUGAAAGCUGGUCAUGAUUUUUAGCGUUUGAGUGGUAUUGGUCAACAUUGUUUCAUGUAUGCAGUAUCAGUUGCAAUAAUACUCAAAUUUUAAAUGAUGAAUUAUCAGAGUGGGAAUAUUUUAGGCAUUGUCAUGCGUUGCGAUUUGAUUGUUUGCCAUGCCAUUUUCUACCAUUUUGAAAUAAAAAAUUUCCUGAAUUAUUUAUAUUAAGCACAAUUAGGAGAAUAAAAGUCAAGAGCAAAGGUCGUAGUUGCAAGUCAUUUUGUAACGUACACAUUUUUCUGUUAUAAAUGUGAUAAUCCCUAGGGGCAAUUCAGUCAUACCUAAAAACACCUACUGACCCCUCGCUCCCCCCAAUCGUGUCUAUACAACAUACUCUUUACUUAAAAUUUGAACGUCUUCUAGAGAUUGUGAAACCGUAUUGAAUAGUGUUAUGUGCAAUCAAAAUAAUCAUUUUGGAUCACGCCGAAGGUAGAAAUAAUGGCUUAUGCUUUAUUUGGUGUGCUUUAUUUUUACUGUUUUGAAAUGUGCCAACGAAAGUACUCUUGAAGAUAUAAAUACAUUUGUCUUCGUAUUUGGAAAUGAUAUAAAAGACCUCGAUUUUGUAUGAAAUAUUCCGACAGAAUUCAAAAUUAUAUCCAUCUUUGCUUCUACUUUUUAUGGCAUCUCUGUAUUACUGAGUGAAGAAGUUAAUUUUAUCAAGGUGUGAAGUGAGGGAAUUUUUAUUAUCUGCGUAUUAUCGAUAAUCAUAUACAUGCACUGUUUAAGACAUAUUUUUGAAUGUUGAUAUUAUAUGAUUUAUGAAAUGUAAAAUGUGCAACAUGAAUACCAAAUCAACACACAUUGUUAAUUGGGUAUCAUCUGUUCAACACAGGCCUGUUGGUUCAGUUAUUCUCUCCCAGUUCCAGAACAGUUUUUAUUGAGGAAAACCUACCGGUAAUUGAACGUAAUUUUUUCUUCAUCAUUUUCAUUGAAUUGGUGGUUGAUCUAUUUUGAAAGUGAUCAUAAUUAUGUUAGGCAUAGGCUUCUGUCGCCUCAGAUAAUAUAUUCAUUUUCAUUUGCCACUCUGCUAUAAUAUAAUCAAUAAAUGCGCUAGAAACAAAAUUUUAUUAAAUUUUUCUAUAUAUUGAUUAAUGUACACUCUACCUACAAAUCUCCUUUUGCCAAGUUGCAACUGUUACAGGGCAUCGUUAAUAUCUGAUCAAAUUUUUAGAGACCAGUACUUAUUCUGAUUGUAUUUGUACAAAUCGCCGAUAAUUCUCAAUUCAGCAAUUUAAAAGAUAUCUUGAUCAAGGACUACCCAAAGUUUUACCAAUGUGCUUUUGAAAUAUAUUGUGCAAUAUACAUAA